GGGGCGGGCGGGCCGGGGCCGGGGGCGGGGGGCCCGGCCGAGUUCCUGCCUCCUCGGGAACAAAGGGAACUCUGUCUCGGCAUCUGUCACCGCCGCCCACCCAAAACUUUUCGCUGCGCCUCGGCCGCCCGCCCCGCCGCCGCGGGAGGGUCCCGUCGCACCCCCGGCACCGGCACCGGAGCGGCGGCGGCGGCGCGACCCCGGCGCGGCCCAUGCAAGGGCCGAGGCGGCGGCGGCGGCGGCGGCCCGGGGGCUUUAACCAGGAGAGAUCUGCGGGCAGCUCCACCAUGUCGGAUAGCGACCUCGGGGAGGACGACAGCGCCACGUCCCCGGACCCCUUGCAGUCCAACAAGAGGAAGAGAAGGGGCAAUCUCCCCAAGGAGUCUGUGAAGAUCCUCCGGGACUGGCUGUACGAGCAUCGCUUCAAUGCCUACCCCUCCGAGCAGGAGAAGCUCAGCCUCUCGGGGCAGACCAGCCUCUCCGUGCUGCAGAUCUGCAACUGGUUCAUCAACGCCAGGAGGCGGCUGCUCCCUGACAUGCUGCGCAAGGACGGGAAGGACCCCAACCAGUUCACCAUCUCCCGCCGCGGGGGCAAAGCUGGUGAUGUGGCCCUGCCACGGGGGGCUGCUGCUGGCUCUGGGGUGCUGGUGGUACCUCCUGUGACGGCCGCGGGGGCCUCCAAGGUGCUGUCAAUGUCCGUGUGCCCACAGGUACUGUGCCACCCUGCCCAGGCGCUGGGCAGCAACCUGACAGUGGUGAGCGCCCACAGCCCCGAGCAAGAGAAGCCCCCUGGCCUGCAGCGAGCAGAGCCGGACCCUGCCCCCAAAGCGCUGCUGGGUGCCACCGGCAGUACCAUGACCUUGCUGGCCCGGGCCGAGGCAGCCAGCCCCACCAGUGGACUCUUUAACACACCACCCCCCACGCCCCCUGAGCUCUUUGGUGACGACUUCAGCAGCUUCCAGCUGCUGGUGGAGGUGGCGCUGCAGAAAGCGGCUGAGCUGGAGUCACAGCGGCAGGGCGGGCAGCUGCCCCUCUUGCCCCAGACUGAGCCCCCGGGAACCUCCAUCUCCAAAUAACCACCCGGGCCGGGUCCUGCAGGGUGCCGGACCCUCCUGGCUUUGUGCCACCUGUCUGCCUGCACCCCCCCCCCCGACCAGCUCAUCUCAGAAGUGGACUCCUGCCUUCCCUGGGGCUCUGGGAUCUGUCAGCCAAGAGGGGAGAGGAAGGACUGUCCCAUCCCACCACCCUCUCGCUGGGGAGACGGCCCCUGCUGCUGCCCUCGCCGCUAAGGAUGGUGCCCUGGGUGUGCGGGAGGAUGCAGCUGCUGCAAUCUGGCCACUGUGAAAAGACCUUUGCAGCUUUAGCAACCUCUCCCUGCCGCCACCGAUGGUUACUGUGGAGCUCCCCUUGGAAAACCUGCUGACUUUUUCUCUCUCCUGUCAACAAGGGUCCAGCCAACACCAUUUCUUCAGGGAGAGAGAGAGAGAUUUUACCUUUUUUAAAAAGUUGGUGUCUGUUUUAAGGACUACGGAUGAAAAGCUUUUUCUCCCAAAUCUCUGAUCUUGCCCCUGCCUUUUUUCCCCCCCACCCCUUUCCUCCUUUUGUUUGUGGAGGGCCGUUCUGGCACCUUGUGCGGGCCAGGAGCCCUGCCUUGCCCAGGGAAGGGCCAAGGACAGAUGAACUGGAAACCUGAAGUCUGUGGCCUUUUUUUCACACAGAAAACAGGGGACCCUCCUCCUCUGCCUUAGGGUGUUACAGAUGCUGCCAGUAGAAAUCUCUAUGGUGCUGUUUAGCAGUUUUUUCUGUUGAGACAUUUCCCCUUUAAUUGUGAUUUAUUAUAUGAUUUUUUUUCUUCUAUAAGCAUUUCCACAACUUCCCCGUGUUUCUCAUGAGUUCCUGCUGAAUAUGUGCACGUUGUGUCCCAGAACAGAGAGCGCAUUGCAGAGCCUGCGAGUCGCUGACAGUAGGCUGCUGCUGGGUGGACGCAAAGCUGAGACUGUGAAAUUUUGUAUCCAACGUCUUUAUUUUCUAUUUAAAAAAAAAAAAAACAAACAAAAAACCCCCAAACAAACCCAAAAACAUUUGGAAAGAGGUGCAUUGUGGGUACGGGCCUGUGCGUUCUACAAGUGCAGCGCUCGCAGCCUGCAGACCACGGUUAUUGGAAAGCAGAGUUGUCUCAUCGGCCAAGAGCGGAUGAGCUGCCCUGGGAACGCGGAGGGAUCGAGUCCUCUUGCUCCCUGUUCCGCCCCCCGCCCUGCUCUCACUCUCCAGGGCUGAGUGUGGCUAUGCCCGGUGGUGUGGUACUGGUGACCUCUAGUGACAAGCUGGUGACUGCUGGGAGCUGUCGGGGCUCCCCCAGCCUGGCCUGGGGGUGCUAUUCCGUCUCUAGGGCAAGCCCUAGCCUAGCAUAGCUUGCUGUCGCUGAGCCUGGGUGCUGCGCUGGUCCUGGGACUGAGAUAACUGCUGUUUCACUGUAAAAUGUAAGUUAAAUAGCGCUACGUACGCACCUAUGUUAUCUAUCCUGAGAAACACUAAUCCUAGGUAAUUAGCCUGAUUAUUAAAUUGCAUGACUAGAGAUAAUAACCUCCACAGGAUCUGGUGCUGUGCAGGGGCUGGAGCCAGCAGUGCUGGGAGAGCAGCACACUGGAGGAUGAUGGGGCCUGGAAGGGAAAAGCACUGAUUUUGGGGACCAGUGUUUUCCCCCCCCUCAUUCCCUCUUUUUCUUCUUCAGAGAGAAGGUGGCAGGGAGUGCUGGCACGGCGAUGCAGGAGGGCUUGCCAAUAGUGCGUCCUGUGGGCUGGCUGCCCCUGUGCAGUGCAGGGAUGGCUCCAGCUCUGGCACUACCUGGCUAGGCAGCGGGCACCAUGUCAGGUGGAUGCUCGUCAUGUGGCUGUGACCAUCCCCUUCCUCAUCUCCCCCAGUUCCAUUUUAUGUCCAGCCUUUGCCCUCUGCCUCCUUUCUGGGGAAAGCCCUGAAUUUUAGAACCCCCUCCCUUAUUACUAGGUAGCCCUUCCCCUGUCACCCCACUGCAGUUCUGUUUCCUCCCCCAGGGGAGGGAGAGGCUUUUUAGUCUCCUCCCUUUAUUUUGCCCCAGCCAAACCAAAGUGGUUUCCUCCCCCUGGGCAGGAGUGCUACAGCUGCACCUGUGCCACGGUCCGGUGUUGCUGCCCUGGGGAUGGACCAGAAAGAGUGGGGAGGGCAGGGAUUAUUGGAAUGAAAUUUAUGGAGCAAAAAACUACUGUAAAUAUCUUUUUUGUUUGUCCUUCUGUUGUCAAAUAAAAGUUUUUUAGUUU